AUGGAUGACGAUGAGCUCAUUGCUUCCGUCCACCGCAAGAUAGAGCGCGAAAAGGCUCUUAUUGCGGCGGCUACCAACAUGAGACAGUCGACCGACAAUCCGCUUGUGCAGCAGAGGGUCGAUGCCAAUAUCCGCGAUGGCCGGAAGAACAUCACCUACCUGGAAGAGAAGAUGAGAGAGUUGCAGGUCCGGAAGAGCGGGAGCGCAUCAGGUCCUCCCCAGUUACCGCCGCUCGGCGGCGGUUCUGGAGAUGACUUUGGCUUUGGGGAUGGUGCUCCAGCGCCGCCUCCCAAGGACAAUGGUGAUAGUGGUGAAUACGGAGACGCUGGCCCAGGCGGAUACAGCCAGGGAGGCACCGGCACCAUGCCUUCGCGCGCUCCUUUUGCCGAUCCUCGACCCUUCUCCAGCGUUCCCAAGGCCAGACCAAACUACAGCAAGCUUGAUCUUAUCAAGUACGACACGGCUUACCUCGGCCCCAAGAUCCAACUUAUGUUGUCCCAGCUUGAAUUCAAACUCAGUGUGGAAAAGCAAUAUAAGGCUGGUAUCGAAAAGAUGGUGCGUCUUUACCAAGACGAAGGUGAUAGGAAGAGCCGCGCCGAUGCCGAGGGCCGCCGCAUUGAGAGCAACCAAAAAAUCCAGUUGCUAAAGCAAGCCUUGAAAAGAUAUGAAGACUUGCAUGUCGAUAUUGAAAGCUCGACAGACAAUGCCGACGAUGAUAGUAUCAAUGCACCGAACAUGCGCAAACCCCUUACAGGGCAUUUGACGUUGCGAGUCCAUGCGGUGCGAGACGUCGACCAUGCUGCAAGCUCUCGAUUUUCGCGCGGUCCAGAAACGUUUGUCAUUCUCAAGGUUGAAGAUGCGAUCAAGGCGCGCACCAGGGCCACCCGAACCGAUAAGUGGACGGAAGAGACUUUCAGCGUUGAUAUCGACAAGGCCAAUGAAAUUGAGCUGACCGUUUAUGAUAAGUCGGGUGAUCGACCUACCCCGAUUGGAAUGCUUUGGAUUCGAAUCUCGGAUAUUGCGGAGGAGAUGCGUCGGAAGAAGAUCGAAUCCGACCUCGCUGCCAAUGGCUGGGUUUCCGCUGACAAAAUGUCCCAAGGCGGACCUGGCGGACAAGGUCCAAAUUCACCGGGUGGACCCGGUGGACAGCGUCCAGGAACACAAGGACAGCCCCAUGGCGACGCAGCAGGUCCUCAAGGUGCCGGUAACAGUGCGGUGAUGAUCGACUCGUGGUUUGCGUUGGAGCCCGUGGGCAGGAUACACCUGACGAUGAGCUUCGCCAAACAACUGAAAGAUCGCCGACCCUUCGAUAUCGGUCUUAAUCGACAAGGCGCUGUCCGCCAGAGAAAGGAAGAGGUUCACGAGAAGCAGGGUCACAAAUUUGUCACCCAGCAAUUCUACAACAUCAUGCGUUGUGCUCUUUGUGGCGAUUUCUUGAAAUACGCUGCUGGUAUGCAAUGUGAGGAUUGCAAGUACACUUGCCAUCGGAAAUGUUAUCCCAAAGUGGUCACGAAAUGUAUCAGCAAAGCCAACUACGAGACUGAUCCAGACGAGGAGAAAAUUAACCACCGUAUUCCUCAUCGUUUCGAGAAUUUCGCCAAUAUUUCGGCCAAUUGGUGUUGCCAUUGCGGAUCUUUGUUGCCCUUUGGCCGCAAAAAUGCGAAGAAGUGCACAGAAUGUGCUCUGACUUGCCAUACCGGCUGUGCUCAUUUGGUUCCUGACUUUUGUGGUAUGUCCAUGGAGGCCGCGAACCAGAUUCUGGAGACUUUGAUUCGCACAAAGAACCUCAAUCACAGCAAGACGCCUUCCAUGGGCUCCAGCUUAAGCAGCCGGACCCUUAGAGAUAAUGCUCCUGCCUCACUUCCGUUGAAACAAGCCGAGUAUACGAAACCAUCUGCCGACGCUCUCAGUGCUGCCACUACUUCUUACCCGCCACAAUCGCCAACAGCUACUUCUAAACCAUCGCAGUACCCGCCUAGAAUGUCAUCAGCCGAAGCUCAGAGAGCAGCCGAAGCUGCUUUGCGCCCAUCGUCUCAGCAAAUCCCAGGUUCGUUUGUUCAUGUUUUGAUAUCUGAACCUGUUUUUUCUAACAUACCAUAG